GUUUCUCUUCGGAAGAGGGACGCCAAGCCGGAAGAGAAUGGCGACGGCCGCUCUGAAGAGAUUUUGGUCCCGAAACCGUGAGGAGCCUGGUGUCCCAGCGGCCGCGAAGCCGGGCGUGUGGACGCGGUUGGCUUCCUGGGCCCGCGUGCUGCUCCGCGACUACGCCGAGGCCUGCGGGGACGCGGCGGCGGCGGCGCGGGCGCGGCCCUGGCGGGCGGCCGUGUACGCGGGGCUGCUGGGCGGCGCGGCGGCCUGCUGCGCGCUGGCGCCGAGCGAGGCGGCCUUCGAGGAGGCGCUGCUCGACGCGUCGGGAGCCCUCCUGCUGCUGGCCCCGGCCACGCGCAGCCGCGCCUCCGAGGACUACGUGCAGCGGCUGCUGUGGCUGCGGGGGCGCGGCCGCCUCCGCCACGCGAACCUGGGCCUCUGCGCGCUCGUGUACGAGGCGCCCGUCGACGCCGAGGCCAGCCUCUACCAGGCCCGCUGCCGCUACCUGCAGCCCCGCUGGGUCGACUUCCCGGGCCGGGUCCUGGACGUGGGCUUCGUGGGCCGCUGGUGGGUGCUGGCGGCCCGGAUGCGCGACUGCGACAUCAACGACGAGGAGUUCCAACACCUGCCGGCCCAUCUGCGCGUCGUCGGGCCGCAUCAGCUGCUUUCCGAGACCAACGAGCGGCUCUUUGAUGAGAAGUACAAGCCUGUCGUGCUCACGGACGAUCAGGUGGACCAGGCGCUGUGGGAGGAGCAGGUCUUGCAGAAGGAGAAGAAGGACAAACUCGCCCUGAGCGAGGCCGACUCCCUGGUGCGGUCGGAAGUCCCCAGAUGAGACCCAGGCCUGGGUCGGGAUCGGGCCCCGAGCCCAGGCGGACCGCCUGCCCGGGAGGGCGCAGCGGGUGUGAGCGAGCCUCAGGUGCAGAGUGACUUAAAUAAAUUAUGUGCAGAGUGUU